AUGCAUAGGAUUAAUGCUAUUAUUAAAUUUAAUACGUCCCCGCAAAUUCCAUAUUACAUAAAAAAUGCCUUUAUUCAAAAACCAUCAAAACAUAUAUUUUGCCUCUUAUUAAAAAUAAAAGACUAUGAAAAAUUAUUCAAUAGUAUAUUAAAUAGAGUAUGUAAAAAAGAAGGGAUAUAUAAAUUUGAUAAAAAUAAUGUGAAAACAAAUACAACAAUGGCCUGUAGAAAAAGAGUACAUAAAUUUUACUACACAUUUUAUAGAAACUUUUCACAAUAUAAUAAUUAUACUACACCACAUAAUAACAAAAAUAAUAAAAUAUAUUUAACAAAUGAUUUUUUAAAUAUGAAUAGUUUAAAAAAUGAAAUUUCCAAUAUUCACGAAAAAUUAACAGAGAAUUCUUUUAUUGACAAAAAAAAAGAAGAAAUAUAUUUUUUGCUAAAAAAUGCAAUAUUUCCAAACUUGAAGGGAAAAAUAUAUUUCAUUGGAUCGUGUGAAAAUAAUAUAUGGAUAAAAAACUCAGAUAUAGAUAGCUGUAUAGUUGUAGAAAAUUGCGAAGAUAAAAAUUCAUAUUUAUAUAUUUUGAAAGUUAUUAAAAGUGCUAUUAAUUUAAUACACCCAUCUUUAACUGUAAAUAUAAUUAAAGCAUCAGUUCCAAUAGCUAAAAUAUACAAAGACCAAACUAACAUAUGUGAUAUUAGUAUUAACAAUACGGUAGCAAUAGUCAAUACACAUUUAGUUUCAUGUUUAUGUAACAUUGAUGAAAGAGUUCCAAUAAUAAAUCGAAUAAUCAAAUAUUGGGCAAAACAAAAAAAUAUUAACAACAGAUCUCAGGGUACGUUCAGUUCUUAUGCUUUAUUUUUAUUAACAUAUUUUUUCUUUCAAAAUUUAGAAACCCCGAUACUACCUCCAUACAAAUCCAUAGAAAGAGCUAGCUUAACACCGUUUGAAAUUAAUAGUGAAUACUUUUUUUUACAAGAUGAAGUAGAAAUGCCAUUUUACACAAAAAUUGAGGACAUAAAAAAUAAUUUUCAAGAGUUUCAAAAAAACACAGACGAUAUUUCAAAACUAUUGUAUGGAUUUUUUGAGUUUUAUUCGAAUGAUGUUUGCAAAAAUGGAAUAACCCUUGAUGUAUAUAAUAACCAAAUAAUUGAAAAUAAAGAUAUGACUGCAAAUAUAUAUUGCCCAAUAACAAAAAAAAUUGUUAAUACAUAUAGCAUCAAUACGUGGAAAAAAAUGUUUGAAAAAAUUCAAUCAGCUUAUAUUCAACUAAAAAAUGGAACUAGUUUAAAUACAAUAUGCGAAGAAACUAAAGAUGACACAUCUAAUAUAAGAAUAGAUCUUAAAGAUCAUUUAUUAAGACGAAAGGUUUUUCAAGAUUUUUAUAUGCCCUAA